CACGACCAAAAAGUAAUGCGGAACUGGUGCGUUCAAAUUGGGGAACAGGAGUCGAGCUAUCGCAAUCUCGUGAAAUAUUAAAGAAAUCUGACUAAAUAAGAUGCAAAUAUGUAUUGCAAUACAUUUGGACGCUUCGCUUGUAGGGUCUUUCGUGAGUCAAGAUUCCAAUGUCCCAUGAACAAGGGACAAGGCACAAUGUCAAAGCGUCUCGCCACCUGGACGUCAUGCAAACACUACAAGCAGUUUCUUGAACGCCAUUUGUCUAAUCUAAAGUUUAUGGGAGUCGCAACUAGACUUGUCCAACAUGUACGGACAGUUUCGCACAGUACUCUCGACCCGGCCGAGGUGAGGAAGUUCCAGGCUAUGGCCAACAAAUGGUGGGAUCUUCAGGGUGACUUUGCUGCGCUUCACUCGUUGAACGACCUGCGAGUGCCAUUCAUCCGGGAUAAUCUGUUGAAUGUACACAGUGUGCAUCCUAUAAGCAAACCCCUGGCUGGACUAAGAAUCCUGGAUGUUGGCUGUGGUGGCGGUUUACUUACUGAGCCACUGGGCCGGCUGGGUGCUGUUGUGUUGGGUAUUGACCCUGUGGAAGACAAUGUGCGUAUCGCAGAGCUGCAUGCCUCCCAUGACCCAGUGCUGCAGGAUCAUGUGCAGUACCGGGCCUGCACACUGGAGGAGCUGGCUGACGAGGAGGAAGAGCACUUUGAUGCAGUGCUGGCAUCUGAGGUGCUUGAACACCUAGCUGACCUCGACACCUUCAUCCACUGCUGUCACUGUGUGCUGAAGCCUGGUGGCUCUCUCUUCAUCACCACCAUAAAUCGCACACAGCUCUCUUAUGUGUCGAGCAUUGUGCUCGCUGAGUGGCUGCUCCGAAUCGUCCCCGGAGGAACUCAUGACUGGGACAAAUUCAUCACCCCUGUGGAGCUGGAGAGAUUGUUGGAGUCCUCUGGUUUCUGUGUUGAGUCUCUCCGGGGUAUGUUCUAUAACCCCGCCUGUGGAGCUUGGAGCUGGCAGAAGAGCACAGCUGUGAACUACGCUCUGCAUGCUCUCAAACAGAGGGCGGAGCCCCAGCAAGACCACAUCCAACCCGAGAGCGAUGGGCUGGAUGCGUCCGCCCACACUGAUGGUCCGCACCAAUACAACAUCCGUACAGCUGGGAGAGACACACACACUCACACUACAUAGUGCUCAUUAGGGGUCCUCGGGAAGUGUAUUUCAAUUUCUGAAGAUUAUAAAGAAAGGUGAAAUCUUUGUGUAAAACUCUCUCUGUUCCCCAGCACAAUCACACACACAGCCUCAGCUACUAUGUGAUGCUAACCUUGAUGACAUCAACUUUUCUAAAUGCAUUAAAGCACUGCUUCUUAUGUACUGUAUGAAUCACAGAUUACUUAUAUUUUAAGACCCGAUACAAUUAAUCAUUUUUCUUGAAUUAUGAUCAUUGCCAGCAAACAUUUGGUUUGUUUGAUGACUAUACUGUUGAAACAUACAUUAGACAUGAUGUUUACACCAGGGUGCAGCUUCAGGGUUGUGGUGCAGCCAGAUGCUGUGUAUGGUGUUGUGUACAAAACCUUGCAGACGUUGCAGUCUGUUGGACAGUCUUUAAAUAUAAGCCAACUGUGUCAGUGUGUGGAGUCCUACAGUACAUAUACAACUUAAGCAUGGGACUGUAGAAGAUCUUAGUGCUUUAUAAGACAUUGUGAAUACUCCCAGUACCAAAGAUCAAGUACUCUGAGGAACUAAACAACUAUAGACCUUUAGCACUGACAUAACAUUUUAUGAAGUCACUGCAGACACGUCCUGGGUCACCUCAGGUCACAUGUGGGUGCAGUAUUGGACCCCUUACAGUUUGCCUAUCAGCUGCAUGGGAAAGUUGAAGAUGCCAUUAUUUAACUGUUACACAGAACCUACUCACACCUGGAGAUAGCAGGGAGCACUGAGAGUCAUGUUCUUGGAUUCUCUAGUGCCUUCAACACCAUCCAGCCCCUCCUGCUUAAGGGACAAGCUGAGGAUGGACAUUGCCCUGGUAUCAUGGAUCAUGGACUACCUGAUUGGCACGCCCCAAUAUGUGCAGCUAUAGAACUUAUUGUUAUUACAUGGGUGUAUUAAGGAGGGGAGGGAUGAACAGCUGAUGAACAGCUUUUUGGACUUGUGUCAGCACAGCCAUCUCUAAAUAAACACCAGAAAUGCAAAGGAUUUGUAACUGCAGUAGCAUCCAACUUUAGUUGGGGAUUGUAUGUAAUGUGAAAUUGCCACUUGUCUUCAAAAUCUAUGAACAUGAUUUGCCCUCUG